CUCUGCCAUUUAAACGAGCAGCCAGGGCUCCUUUUCCCCAGUCCCCCUGCUUGGCCAUCCGUUGUCGCCGUGUGAGACGACAAUGAGCAACCUGGACUCACAAGCAGACUCUGGAGUGACCGACGUCCUCUCCACCAGCCCCCUCUCGCACUCCUCCACUUCCCCACAUGAUGACGCCGACGUUCAUGACCUCAACAUUCACGUCCCCCAGUUCCCUGCUUCCAUGUGCACGAACAUCUCUGUAUCUACUAAUUGCCAGCCAAACCUGUAUUAUAACUCCUUCGACAGCUGCACUUGCUCUCCCUUCCCUGACAACCUCCACUCCCUCAGCUCGUAUCCUUAUCCACUCCAGGACGAACACUUGCAAGACGGUCACCUAGACCUGAAUUGCAUCUUAAUGCCCGAAAUUCAAUCAACCCAGAGUGCCGCUUUUAUUCAUGAUGGCCCCCACUUAAUGUCGAAACAGUACCAGAGCACGCAGGACAUCUCCACUGCUCGUCCUUCCUCCGACCACGGAUCCCAGUAUCAGUCCUCUCCGUCCUCCUCGUCCUCCCUCUGCUACGUCUCUCCUCUCCCAGACAUUCCCUGCCCUUCCACAACCGUCACCACGCGAUUUGCCAUGCCUCCUUCGCCUCAAAAGUCAUCCGGACAUGCUCACACCAUGCUCCCUCCCAUCGUACAGUCAAAUCCUGCAGACGUAGCCAAGACAGAAAGUGACAACCGCGCUGCUAACAAACGUCUUAACGCCGGAGCAUCCUCUCAAGUAGAUCCGUAUGCUGCUGCGUUUUUGCGGGAACAACUUGGCGAAGAAAAGUGGAAUACCUUUUCCGCGCGCCUGUUCGAACGGCGUCUUGGUCCCAUCAAGUCCAAAAUGCGGGUCAGAGGCAAAGGCCAGAAUGACGAGCCCAACUCCGCUCCGGGAGCGACGGCCAUCGACUUUCUCGUAAAGGUCGAGGUCGUCAAAGAAGUUCUGCGAACGUAUGUCCCACACCCGUACAAUCCCCUCAAGUCGUUGUCCCACCCCUUCCCAGCUUCCCCCUCAGGUGUCGUCACUCUUACGCGCUCCACCAUCCUCGUGCUCUCUGGCUGGUCCAACACCCAAUUUUCCUAUUGGGCUCGUCGGUCAGAAGGCAUAUCUGUUCUUGCAGCUCAUGACGACCGCCUCCAUGCGGUUGCCGUGGCCCUUGAUAAACGACUUAAAGAAGGUGGAGUACUCAUCGAUACCGUGGAAGACGGUGAAACGUACGGAAAGUAUAGUGAUGGAGGCCCAAACGUCACCGGUAAAGGCCUCGAUAUCAUCAUCGAGCAGGUCAAAAAGCGUACUGGUCUUAGCCCCUUUCUUCGCGGCAAACACUCCAGUCUAGACCCGUUUGGUUCUACGAACAGCGAUAAAGACACGGGCCCCGGUCCCCCUCAGGGAGUUCCCACUGCACCGAUAUAUAUGCCUACGUUCCAGGCGAUGCAAUAUUCACAUUCUCCUGCAAUCACCGCAACGGAGUCGGCUUCUGCUCGACGGCCGAAAAAAAAGAGAAGGAUGAGUUUGGCUGAUUCUGUCUCGUCAUAUGCCAGUUCAGGUGUUCUGGGCUCCGAGAGAUCUGACUUUGGCGAAGGCACUAUCAAUCGGUACACACUGAUGUUCUCAGAGAAUCGUUUGACGCCAGAUCGAGAGAGCUUGUCAUCUUCGGACAUGCAGCCUAUCUCACCGCCCUCUUCCAUUGCUCUGCCGCAGCUUCUUGCGCGUCCACGUGGUAUGGGUGUAGCUGAGGGGGGCUUGAGCCCUUAUGAGCUCUCCUCUCAUGGAUCCAUGAUAGCACACGGAGCCGAGGAUGGACGUCCAGAAUAUUUUCCCGUUUCCAAUUCACGGUCGGACUUUGAUAUUUCCGACACUGAAAGCGGUCCUAGGAAACGGUUUUGUGGGAUUCCGGAUAGGAAUCUUGAAAAGCGGCCCAAGUUAAGCAUUUAACCAUCUUUGUGUCCUGUCUCCGCCUUAGCGUAGGAGCUUUCUUUGCAUGCAAUCCUGUGCUUCGCUCAGUGACAUUUGUUUUGUCGGCGAAGUUGUGCCGGCGUUCCAUAUUCAUGGAUAAUUUUUGUCUUCGCCUUGUUGUGCCUAUGCAUUUUUCCACCGCUGCUCUCCCCUUCAUAUGCCCUACAUUGUGUUUAAUUGUACCAGUAACCGAUGCACUCCUCAUUCUGCAACUCAGUACACCUGUUACCAUCCUGCCUACUCUACGCUUGCAUUCCAGCUUCUUGAUGACCUGUACUGCUUGUAAUUCUUGCGUGUAGUUUUAGACCACAGCCCCCGUGUAUGAAUGAAGUCCCGUGUCCACAGCAACUUGCAUGUGAAAAG